AAAUGGUGCCGCUGCGUCUCGCGUCUCUGCAGCGCGGGAGGAGAUGAUCCAGUCCCCAGCACAUCUUAGUUGGAGAAGGUGAGAGAGGCUAUGGAUGAAACAGUAUUUCGAAGUGAUACAGUACUCUCUGAUAUCCACCUCCACACUGCAAACAGAAGGCAUUUUAUGGUGAGACUGAAUGCUGUUGGCCAGCCAGUCUUUCUCUCACAGUUCAGACUCCUUUUGGACGAUAACCAGGGAGACCCUGAGAAGGAAGACGGAGGCCCAAAAGCAUCCCUUGGCUGCCAGAGCAGAAGUGAGGAAGAAUUAAUUGCAGAGGGCAGAGAUGGUGCUGAAGAUUCUCCAGACAGUCCCGAAAAGGAAGGUGACUCCUGUGGAGAAAUUAAGGCCUUGUUGGAUGACGAUGGGGACCUGCAGGUGGUCCGGAAAGCGCCCUUCCGUCCUGCAGGAGAUGAGGAUCAUACAAGGACUAAGGCCUGCCCCAUCAUCUUGACUAAGGGUGGAGAUGUCCUGGAAGAACAGGAGCAGGACGGCAACAGUUGCAAUGUUGUUAAAAUAGAGCACACCAUGGCGACACCUUUAGAAGAUGUUGGGAAGCAGGUCUGGCGAGGAGCUUUCCUGCUUGCUGAUUACAUCCUCUCGAAGCAAGAUCUGUUCAAGGGUUGCACCGUGCUGGAGCUUGGGGCAGGAAUCGGGUUUGUCAGCAUCAUUAUGGCAAAAGCUGCCAAGACCAUUUAUUCCACAGACGUUGGUGAAGACCUACUGAGCAUGUGUGAACGAAAUGUAGCCUUAAACAAGCACAUCACUGAGCCAACAGGAAGUGAAAUUAGAGUUAAAAAGCUGGAUUGGCAGCAAGACGAUUUCUGCACUGAUCCUGAGGAUUGCUUCAGCUGGUCCGAAAAAGAGAUUGCUGACCUGCAUGAUCUCACCACUGUGAUACUGGCUGCUGAUGUAUUUUAUGACGAUGACCUAACGGAUGCUUUUUUCAAAACGCUGUCCCGAAUCGUUAGCAACCUGAGGAAUGAUUGCACCAUCUUCUUCUCUAUGGAAAAGAGGUUCAACUUCACUUUAAGACAAAUGGACGUUGUGUGUGAAGCCUAUAAUCACUUCCGAAGUACUUUGGAUGAGCUGCUGAAAACCAGCGAGGGCAGGACGAAAUACAGCAUUCAGCCUAUCGAACUGUCUUUCCCGCAGCAUAUUGUUUACGAGCGAGUUCCACAACUGGAGCUGUGGAAGCUUAGUGCUCAGAAGAUCCCCGGUGGAUCCCGUCCUCAACCCCCAAGAGACUGAAGGAGGACGCAGAGGCUUCUCUCAGUGUCAGCUGACGUAUAUGACCUAAAGGAGUUUCUCAAUGAAACAAGGAAGGAGAUAGAAUUCAGGUCCCUGUCAAAAACAGAUUAAAUAUAUACGUGGCCAUUACUGUAA